AUGGCCGCAGGUUCGAUCGAACAUGAAGGUCCCGAUAUGGGCGUUGGUGAUUUUGUCCUAUUGUCUGACAUUAAUAUGGAUGCGUUCAUGAAAAAUCUUAAAUUACGGUUUGAAAAAGGACGAAUCUACACAUAUAUUGGCGAGGUACUGGUUAGUGUUAAUCCUUAUCGUGAUUUGCCUAUCUAUGGACCAGAAUAUAUCAAAAGUUACAAAGGACGUGAAAUGUUUGAACGGCCUGCACAUAUAUUUGCACUUGCUGAAGCAGCCUAUCGAACACUAAAACAACGUUCAUUAAAUAGUUGUAUUGUUAUAUCAGGUGAAUCGGGAUCUGGUAAAACAGAAGCAUCAAAAAUAAUUCUACGCUACAUAGCCGCAGUAACGAAUGUAUCAAAUCAAACUGAAAUUCAACGAAUUAGUAAUAUUCUUAUUCAAACAAAUGUUAUACUUGAAACCUUUGGUAAUAGUCGAACCAAUCGCAAUGAUAACAGUAGUCGAUUUGGUAAAUAUAUGGAUUUAAAUUUUGAUUAUAAAUUUGAUCCAAUCGGUGGAAAAAUUCAACAUUAUUUACUGGAAAAAUCGCGUGUAGUUAAACAACAAUUAGGUGAACGAAAUUUUCAUUCAUUUUAUCAAUUAUUAUUUGGAGAGAAUAAUCUAAAAGAAUUUGGACUUAAUCUUAAAGCUGAAGAUUAUUAUUAUAUUAAUCAAGGAAAUUGUUGUAAAAUACCGAAAAUUGAUGAUAGAAAUGAUUAUCAACAAGUUAAACAAGCUUUUAAAAUUGUUGGUUUUACACAAGACGAAAUAUCAAUUAUAUGGAAAAUAGUUGCUGCCAUUGUUCAUCUGGGCAAUUUACAAUUUACAGAUGUUGACGGUGAGCAUUGUUCAAUAACACGAUCCAAUGAUAAUAAUGAUCAAUUGAAAUGGAUAUCAAAAUUAUUAUCAUGUGAAGAAUCUGAUAUAUCAUCAACAUUGACUUCACGUGUUGUUGCUGCACGUAAUGAAGUGAUACAAGCUCAACAAAAUAUGACACGAGCUUACUAUGGACGAGAUGCAUUGAGUAAAGCUUUGUAUGAACGUUUAUUUGAAUGGUUGAUUAAACAUAUCAAUAAAACUUUGGCGAAAGAAAACAACGAACAAUUGACUCAGGGAUAUCGUACUGUACAGAGUUCACUUGUUAUUGGUGUCUUAGAUAUAUAUGGUUUUGAAAUCUUUGAAAAUAAUAGCUUCGAACAGUUAUGUAUCAAUUACUGUAAUGAAAAAUUACAACAAUUAUUUAUUGAACUCGUACUUAAACAAGAACAAGAAGAAUAUGAACGAGAAAAUAUUACUUGGCAGCAUAUUGAUUAUUUUAAUAAUAAGAUUAUUUGUGAUCUUAUUGAACAAUCACGUACAGGCAUUAUAGCACAUCUUGAUGAAGCUUGUAUAGCAGUUGGAAAUAUUACAGAUGAAAUGUUUCUCGAUUCGAUAAAUAAAGCCUUAAAAACUCAUAAACAUUUUUCGAGUUGGAAACUUUCACCUGGAGAUAAAAUAUGGAAAAGUAUUAAUAAUAAUAAACAUUUUCUUAUUCGUCAUUAUGCAGGCGAUGUUGUUUAUUCGGUCGAUGGAUUUUUGGAUAAAAAUCGAGAUACGUUAUUUGAUGAUUUUAAACGAUUAUUAUUUAAUAGUAAAAAUCCAAUUUUAUCUUCCAUGUGGCCAGAAGGUGAAAAAAGUAUUACAUCAGUAACACGACGACCAUUAACUGCUGGUACUAUUUUUCGUAAUUCAAUGAUUAGCCUUUCUAACCUUCUUUCAUCUAAACAACCGUUUUAUGUCCGUUGUAUCAAACCAAAUGAUGAAAAAUCUCCGAAUAUCUUUGAUCAAACACGCGUUGAACAUCAAAUAGCUUAUUUAGGUUUACUUGAAAAUGUUCGAGUUCGUCGAGCUGGCUUUUGUCAUCGAACACCUUACGAUCGAUUUGUUCAACGGUAUAAAAUAAUUGAUUCAGUUCGAUCGAAACUAUAUCCUCGUGGUGCUCCAACAAAAGAGAAUGCUGCUUAUAUUUGUCGAGAACUUAAUCUUGAAAAUGAUGUUGCUUAUGGAAAUACAAAACUAUUUAUUAAACAACCAGUUUCAUUAUUUGAACUAGAAAAGAAAAGAACUGCAGGAUUGCAAUUUAUUGUUUAUACGCGAUCAUGGAAACAACAUCGUCUAUAUCGACGUGAAAUUUCAGCGAUUAAAGUACAAAAUUUCUUUAGAAAAUAUCGUGCUCGAAGUUAUAUUAAUAAAUUGAAUGAAUUAUUUCGUAAUGUUUCGGAUACCCGUGAUUUCGGUAAAAGUAUCAAGUGGCCAGCUCCUAAACCAGGUUUUCUUCCUAUGAAUAAUUUGUUGAAGAAAAUCUAUCAACGUUGGCGUGCUUAUAAAGUUAUACAAAGAAUACCGGCUGAUCAAAGAGCUAUUUUUGAAUUAAAAUUACUUGCUGCAGAUUAUCUUCAACAACGACCGACUUUUCAUGAAACAAGUAUUCGUGAAGAAUGGAAAGGAGAUUAUUUACUUCUUCCUGAAGAAAAUUCUCGUUCUCUUGAAUAUAGAAAAUCAAUCAGUGAAUUACGUGGAAAAGACAAUUUUAAUCAUGUACUCUUUUCUACACUCGCCGUCAAGUUGAAUACUCAUAUUAAAACGGAUGAACGUGCUAUUAUUCUCACUGAGAGAUAUCUCUAUAAACUUGAUCCUAAAAAAGGUUUUCAUAUUCGAAAAGCUGGUAUUCCAAUCGAUGAUAUUAUUAGUUUAAGUGUGACAUCGGGCAAAGAACAAUUAAUUGUCGUUCAUUUAACAUCGAAUCAUGAUCUUGUUUUUUAUAUGCAUACAAAAAAUGAUCGCGUCGGUGAAUUUGUUGGUCAUGUAGCGAAACUCAAACGAAGAGCAUCAAAUUUUCAAGUUGAUGUACAACGAUAUGUUUCAGCAACACUUGAUAAAAAUAAAUAUGUUAUUAAUGUAACAUGGGGUGGUGUUGAUAAAAUUGAAUUUCGUAAAGGUUCAAAUAAGAAUAUUUCAUUAAUGUUGCCUAACAGUGAAUAA